UCAGCUCAGCCAAAGCUAGCUAGCUAAGCAAGCAGCCACUGCCACGGGAAUCUAAUUAUCUCAAUCCCAAUAAUAAUAAUAAUAUACUAAUCAAUCAAAUCCUCGUCACGGGAAAAAAAUAAAAAAAAAAGGAAAAAAGAAACUCGGGAGGUUCUUGCUCGCCGUCGUCUUUCCCCUCCCUCGCCGUCGCUCCCAAAUCCCCCGCCCUACCGAAACCCUCGCGCUCCUCUCCGCCGCCGCCGCGCGCCUGCCUCCGGGGGGGCGCCGGUCCUUCGCCGGAGAGGCGGACGGUAACCUCCUCCUCCUGCUUUUGAGCCCUACCGCCGCGGCUUGGUUUCGGGCGGCGGCGAUGAGGGAGCUGCGCCUCGCCGUCCUCAUCAUCGCGGCCUCGCUGCCGUCCUUCUCCGCGUCCGACCGUCAAGGAGAUGCCUUAUAUGAUAUGAAACAAAAACUGAAUGUUACUGGCAAUCAGCUUUCGGAUUGGAACCAAAAUCAGGUCAACCCUUGCACAUGGAAUUCUGUAAUUUGUGACAGUAACAACAAUGUUAUUCAAGUAACAUUGGCUGCUCGUGGAUUUGCUGGAGUUUUGUCACCAAGAAUUGGAGAACUGAAAUAUUUGACAGUCCUGUCAUUGGCUAGUAACAGGAUUUCCGGUGGCAUACCAGAGCAAUUUGGUAAUCUUUCUAGUUUGGCAAGCUUAAAUUUAGAAGACAACCUGUUGGUGGGAGAAAUACCAGCUUCUCUUGGACAGCUUUCUAAGCUCCAGCUGUUGUUACUUAGUGAUAAUGAUUUAAAUGGAUCAAUUCCUGACAGUCUAGCAAAAAUCUCAAGCUUGACUGACAUCCGGCUGGCAUACAAUAAUUUGUCUGGUCAGAUACCUGGUCCACUGUUUCAAGUAGCACACUACAACUUUUCUGGUAAUCACUUAAAUUGCGGGACAAACUUUCCCCACACUUGCUCAACCAACAUGUCCUAUCAGAGUGGGUCCCAUAGCUCAAAAGUUGGCAUUGUACUUGGAACGGUUGGAGGAGUAAUAGGACUUCUCAUUGUAGCUGCUCUCUUUCUAUUCUGUAAAGGAAAGACGAAAAGCCAUUUACGGGAAGUUUUUGUGGAUGUAGCAGGUGAGGACGAUCGACGAAUUGCAUUUGGCCAGCUUAAGAGAUUUGCAUGGCGAGAACUACAAAUUGCGACUGAUAAUUUCAGUGAAAGAAAUGUUCUCGGGCAGGGAGGUUUUGGGAAAGUUUACAAAGGUGUUCUUCCAGAUGGCACUAAGAUUGCUGUAAAACGAUUGACUGAUUAUGAAAGUCCUGGUGGUGAGGCUGCCUUCCUGCGUGAGGUGGAGUUGAUUAGUGUUGCAGUUCACCGCAAUCUUCUAAGAUUGAUUGGUUUCUGCACAACACAAACAGAACGCCUCCUGGUGUAUCCAUUCAUGCAGAAUUUGAGUGUUGCGUACCGCUUGCGAGAUUUUAAACCUGGAGAACCUGUCUUAGACUGGCCACAAAGAAAACGGGUGGCUAUUGGUACAGCACGUGGACUAGAGUAUCUUCAUGAACACUGCAACCCCAAGAUCAUACACCGUGAUGUCAAAGCGGCAAACGUCUUGCUUGACGAGGAUUUUGAGCCUGUUGUUGGUGAUUUUGGGCUUGCGAAGCUAGUGGAUGUGCAGAAGACAUCUGUCACUACUCAAGUCCGUGGAACAAUGGGUCACAUAGCACCUGAAUAUCUAUCCACAGGGAAGUCAUCAGAGAGAACUGAUGUUUUUGGUUAUGGGAUCAUGCUUCUUGAGCUUGUGACUGGCCAGCGCGCCAUUGACUUCUCACGCUUGGAGGAAGAAGAUGAUGUCCUAUUGCUCGAUCAUGUAAAAAAGCUUCAAAGGGAAGGGCAGCUAGGCUCCAUUGUGGACCGCAACCUCAACCAGAAUUAUGAUGGCGAGGAGGUUGAGAUGAUGAUCCAGAUAGCAUUGCUGUGCACACAGUCCUCACCUGAGGAUCGUCCAUCCAUGUCAGAGGUGGUUCGGAUGCUAGAAGGCGAGGGUCUGGCAGAGCGGUGGGAGGAGUGGCAGCAGGUGGAGGUGACAAGGAGGCAGGAGUACGAGCGGAUGCAGCGUCGGUUUGACUGGGGAGAGGAUUCUGUAUACAAUCAGGAUGCAAUAGAGUUGUCUGGAGGUAGAUAACAAGAGCUGUGGCAACAAAUAUCAAAACGGCGUAAGCUGAAUAUGUUCUUUCCUGUAAUGCAUCUCUGUAGAGUAGAUAACAGAUAGCUGGGAAUUGAUACAACCCGGAUGGAUGAUAUAGAUAGAAAAAUAAAGCUGUAUGCGUUUGGUUGGGCA